GGCAUUAAAGCUUUAACUACAGACAGUCUGCACUGUUUUCUUCUUGUGGUGAAAUUCUAUCCCGUUUUGUUUCACUAUGGCCAAAACAUUAACUCUACUUGUUGUCCUUUGGAUUGCUGCUGCCUUUGUUGCUCCAUCAGCCACAUCAGAUGGAUCGGACGGUGGUGGAGAUGGAUCAGUAACAGAACCUCCAGCAGCAGCUACAACAACAGCAGCUCCAGAAACUCCAUCAAGCCCAGCAACUACAACAGCAGCUACAGAAACUCCAUCAAGCCCAGCAGCUACAACAAAAGAUCCAGAUACUUCAUCAGACCCAGAAGCUACAACAAAAGAUCCAGAUACUUCAUCAGACACAGGAGCUACAACAAAAGAUCCAGAUACUUCAUCAGACCCAGAAGCUACAACAAAAGAUCCAGUUCCCCCAACUACAGAGUCUCCAAAUCCCUGUAUUCCAAACCCAUGUGGCGGUGGAAGCACCUGUGAGCCUCGUGCUGAUGAGGACUUUGUGUGCCUCUGUCUGCCUGGUGAUUCUUAUGAUAGCACAGCCAAGACAUGUAACAAAGCCAAAGUUUUCCCUGGACAACUGCAAUUGUCUGAAGUAUUAUAUUCAGAUGAUCUGAAAGACAAGACAUCAAAGGAAUUUAAAGUAGCUUCAGAUAAAAUCAUUACAGCGUUAGAAACUGGUUUCAAGAAGGAUGAAACAUACACUGGAUCUACAGUGUUGGAAUUUCGGGAAGCUCAGAGCAGGUCAACACGAAACACUAAAGCUGAGGCAUCAGUACAGAUCUUCUUUCAGGCAUCUUCCGAUAUCACACAAGAUAAACUGAAAGAAAUAAUAAACACUGUGAAAGGGUCAACAUUCACUGCCUCAGACCUGUGUGAGAGCAAAGCUUGUGAUGAAGCCAGUACAAUAUGCAAAUCAGAGGACGGUUCGUUCACCUGCAACUGUAAUGAAGGCUACAUUAAAACAGGUUACACUGACAGAAUUUGUCGAGCUUGUCCAGGUGGAAUGAAAUUCCAGGGAUCUGAGUGUGUCAAUUGUCCUUUUGGCUAUUCUGGUUUUAACUGUGGGGAAAAUUGGAAGUUGGUGCUGGUUAUAGUUGGCUCUGUGCUUGGAGGACUGUUGCUCAUCACCCUCAUUGUUCUGCCAGUAGUGGCUUUGAAAUCCCCAAAGAAAAGCUCCAAAAAGAGCAAGAAUGAAGACAUUGGGAAACCUUACGUCAGUCAUUCUCCUGCCAAAACGCCACUAGUUAAUAGCAGCUUCGUCAGUCGCCCUGCAGCCUCAGUCAAUGGGCAAGCCAAUGGUCCAGCAGGGAAUAUUGGGGCGCCUCGGAUCCCACGGGCCACACCCAACAACAACUGGGACAACAGGAAUAAUAUGGAGAUGACUUCAAACCUGGCGCCUGGGAGGAACACGCGGUUAAACGAUGAGCCAGAUGACAUGUACUCAUACUCACAGAGUCGACCCCAGAGCAACCCCUAUGCUCAGUCACGACCCCAGAGCAACCCCUAUUCCCAGAAUAGAGCCCAUGUCAACCCAUAUGCUGAGAGGCAAGGCCACUCCAACCCGUACUACACACACGACGAUGGAAAACGGUUUUAAUUAAUGCAGAAUCACAAAUGUUGACCCUACAAUGACUUUUCUCCAGAUCAAAAAAUUGUUAGACUUAUUCCUCAGAUAUUAGAGAAAUGCAUGAAUAAAAACAAUAGUAGCUUCUAUUUGCAGAUGUGCUAUAUGCAGUGUGCAAUAAGAAGUAUUGUUAUACCAUAGUAGGACCAAUUAUAAGCUGUCCUGUCUGUUUUUGUCUAUCUCAUGAAGUCUUUUUUGCAAUUUCAACAUUUUCUCUGACUCAUCAUUAGUUGAUUGAAAUGUUAGUUAACUAAGAAUUGUUUAUCCUCAUUUAACAAAAAACACAGACCCUCAAAUUGAGCUAAAACCUAGAUAUGGGGAGUCUAGGAGCUCCUGCCUAGAUAAUGUUUCGCUCAUCCAUGAAUUUACACAUUAUUAUUUUACUUAAAUGUUUCAGGUUUGUGCUGAUUUUUAGUUUAGUACCCAACUUUUUGUAAAUGAGAUGAGCUUUAUUUUUUUCCCUCCAAAUCAAAAGUGCUAAGUUGUCCUGUCAUUAAGUGUAAUUUAUGUCAAAUGUUUACGACAUCUGAAUCGUAUGAAUUGUAUGUUCUAUUUUGUAUGACUGAGAGUAUAUUUUAUUGUUAACCACUUUCAGGGCUGAUUAACUCGAAGCUGUCAUUUUUGUAAGCUG